UGAUUCGUAUAUAAUUUCCGCGUCCAUGAAAAAAAAAUGCUCUCAAUUCCAACCAAAACCAUAACUUUAACUAAGCAAGGACAAACUUGAUAACGUGUCGUUUAAUCAAACGUCACUGGAUCUCUUUCUUCUACGUUCCCAAAUUUUUCUUCUUUCUUCUUCUGAUAGUGUAUCCAGAGAGAGCUAAGAAGCUUGAGACGACGACGUAGAAAGCCAUGUCUUACGAUUAUCUUUUCAAGUACAUCAUCAUCGGUGACACUGGCGUGGGAAAAUCAUGUUUGCUCUUGCAGUUUACAGACAAGAGAUUCCAACCAGUUCAUGAUCUAACCAUCGGUGUUGAGUUCGGUGCUCGGAUGGUCACCAUUGAUGGCAGACCCAUCAAGCUUCAAAUUUGGGAUACUGCUGGGCAAGAAUCCUUUAGGUCCAUCACUAGAUCUUAUUAUAGAGGAGCAGCAGGAGCUCUUCUGGUCUAUGAUAUAACCAGGAGAGAGACAUUUAAUCAUCUAGCAAGCUGGUUGGAAGAUGCACGGCAGCAUGCAAAUCCCAACAUGACAAUCAUGCUAAUUGGGAACAAGUGUGAUCUUUCUCACCGGAGGGCCAUUAGCAAAGAAGAGGGUGAACAGUUUGCAAAGGAAAAUGGGCUUUUAUUCUUGGAAGCAUCUGCGAGAACAGCUCAAAAUGUUGAGGAGGCCUUCAUAAGGGCUGCUGCAAAGAUCCUUCAGAACAUUCAGGAAGGAGUCUUUGAUGUGUCCAAUGAGUCAUCUGGCAUCAAGAUCGGCUAUGGGCGUGCCCAAGGUCCAUCAGGUGCAAGAGAUGGAGCAGUUGCCCAGACAGGUGGCUGUUGUGGUUAAUAGGAAUGGAAACAAUCCGUCACCUGUAUUUGAUCCUUAUGUCCAAUUUAUUUAUACAUUACACUGCCUGUAUUUGAUCAGCCAUUAAAGGCCGAGUGUCAAGUCCGAAUUUCAUCACUUAAACUGGUUUGAACAAUUAAAAUGAACGUUACUUGAAAA